AAAGAUUACGAAUUCGAGAUCGAAGUGCAUCCCAAUUAUACCAGAAGAGAAAUGCUGGACACUUUAGAAAAUGUUGCGUGCAGGAAGGCUAUGAAGAACUGCAAUUCCAUAGUUGUUAUAUUUCUAUCCCAUGGAGGAACAGACUAUAUUUGCCCGUGAUGAAAUAGUGUUGAUCAAGACAAUCACGGGGAUUUUUGUCAAUGAUAAAUGUUCUGGUUUAUGUGGAAAACCUAAAGUGUUCUGUUUUCAAUCGUGCCGCGGCAGAAGUAUUGAUAAAGGAGUGGAUAUUAUCUGGGAUGAUUAUGUGUCACAACAGCGUCAGUACCUGGAUAUUAAUGCGGCGAAGGAAGGUCAGCCGAUGGAUACUGAUAGCCGGUUUUCUACAACGGAUGAUGAGAGGACCGAAAACCACGAACCGAUGGAAGUAAAAGGCAACGAUGAAAUCGACGGCGGGAGUCAAGGCGAUAGCCGCGUUCAGGAGCAAAAAGUGCUGCAGCGCACAACCAGGCUGCCGAAUGAAGCGGAUAUCUUGCUGGCUUACUCUACCGUGGACGGCUACGAAUCUAUCCGGGAAACAUCACGGGGCUCAGCCUAUAUCCAAACGCUAUGCGAAGUUAUGAAAGAUAAUUUGUUACGUUGGAGGAACAGCAAGGGACAACAAGACCACUUUACUGAUUUACUGACGAAGAUCAACCACAAGGUGGCGAAUUACGACUGGUUGCCAACCAGGAAUUUCAAGCUGCAGAUGCCGGAUUUUUCUAGCCGGCUGACUAAAAAGUUUUAUCUGCUCCCGGUAUCGGAGAAAAUUACUAGUAUGACUCAAGGAAGAAUGGUGGCUAGCAGCAGUAUGACGGAAAACGUUGAAGGGGGCGCUGAGCCGUUACCAGCGGGAUAAGAACUCGCACUCUUCAUUGCCAGCAUUAUUAUCAUGGUUGGACAAGGUGAUCCGGAUAUUUUUUGUUCAUGAAAUUCCGUCCUGCCAACUUGUAACUGCACAACUAAGUUUUUCCAACGUGACAGCGUCUACUUUUUACCCACCGAACUGAGUUGAUUGUGAGAAGCAAUCAUCUGACGUAAUCGUGUCUUACAGAACAGUGGAUCAGUUAUUCUGAUAUCGUAACGGAUUCGUCAAUGGCAAGAAAAUACAAAACGUCGACCAACUAUCCCGUGUCGGCUAGAAAACGGACUAUUGCCAGCUGGAAAUAGGCUUAAUUUAAGGGAAUGGUUGCCCGUGACGCCAAGAGCAGCAUGGAUAAACAUCAUAAAAUAGCCACUGCCAUCUCGCAAACUGUCACCGUACAGCUUUCUAACUCACUGUUUUCAAAUUUCUUAUUUAAAAGCUUGAUGUCAACUACUGUGUGAUGAAUUAAAUUGGUUUUCGAGAAUUUUUAUACUUGAAUAACUUGAGGACUGUAGAACUACUGUGCAUCUGCAGAAAGAGCAGGCCCGUUUUUAAGCUUAGUCUCUCCAUGCUUUCCCUUUUACUCCAUUUUUUCUAAAAUUUUCGUUAAAUUUCUCGGAAAUUUCAUAAGUUAAAGCUAGAAUAAAUUAAGUGCAAUUGGAGGUUUUGGGUUUUAAUGCCGGGAGACUAAGCGACUGUAAGAAAACAGCAUAAGAAGUACAUGUAUGAGUAUUAAGCAUUAAAUUUUUUGAUUUAUACUCAUAUGCUUUACUUAGGUGGUAAUAAUAUGGUCCUGUUCUUUCCCGCAGCUGUAGGAAUACCCGAAUUGUUAUUCCUGUUGAUUGCGUGUUGUG